CAACUGGAACGCAAUUCAGAUAGCCAUUGAUGUGUUGGCGAGGAUACCUGGAGGGAGAAUCCCGUGUCCUUCAAAUAAUGACCUGCGGUGAUCUGCGAAAUGCGGUCAAGACUCAAGACCUUCCAGCUCGGGAAGGUUAGCAUCGGGAAUUGAGGUAGAACCCAAAAAAGUUCCACGGACUGAUCAUGUAGUCGACAACCGUGUCAAACUAGUAGUUAUCUUUUUCAAUUAUCAGUCACAAGCAGUGUGCCGUUCAAGUGCCUUGUAAUACACAGCUGCUCACCAUCAUGUCCGUCAAAUCGAUCACAUCUCAUAGCCAGUUCAUUUCUAUCAUGAUGGAAGAGGGGAAGACUGUCAUCGUAGAUUUCGUAUCCGAAAGGUGCCCUCAUUGCAAAGCCAUCGCCCCCAUGUUUGAUGAGCUCGCAAGCAAGUUCUCGUCGGACAAGGUUGAGUUUUACGUCAUUGACGCCGAAAAACUCGACGAUGUCAGCUUCGAAGUUGGUGGCAUAACGAGCUAUCCUACAUUCAUCGCAUUUAAGGACGGUAACAAGAUGGAAGAAUCCACGUUUGGUGCUGCUCGUGAGAGGCUGCAGACAUUUGUGGAGAAAUACUGUUCAACUUGAUGUUACAUUGUUUAUCGUGGGCCAAGGAUAGCUUUGGUCGAUCGGAAAACGACUUUCAUUGACAGGGAUAUCUUGGUCAGGCACCGGCUCGUUUAUGAACUAUGUCUUACCUUCAGUGUCUACGAGUUCUACGGGUUCUAUGAAGUUCUUAGAUGUUCUGUAUGGAUGACCAUAUGGUGCCAGAUUUUACAGAAUACCCAUGACUCUCGAUGCGACGUGGACAUCGCACCAGGUAGUGGGUCUUUCUCAGACACAUUUACCCGCGCCGUUCCUGGAAUCUUCUAGUCCUUCUACUGUUCACCCAGUGUGAUAUGGAUGCCGCGGAGAUCUUACAUGGUUUACCAUGUUCAAAUUUCGUACUCUUGCGGGCAACGACACGUAUAAAACCUGGGGCUGCAUUUGGUUAGAACUUACUCAUUCUUUUAGAAACGACUGUCUUCU